AUGAAUUUUGAAUAUGAAGAUGACUCUGAUUUUGAGGACGAGGAGUUUGAAAACUUGGCAUUGUUGAUAGCAUAUCCUAGACGGCAAAAAAUAUUCAGGCAACGUACAGAUCAUUUCACUUGGCGGAGGCAUGACGAGUUUUUCGAUAGGUUUCGUUUAUCUAAAGAUACAGUUCGUUUCAUAGUGCAUUUAAUAGAAGAUCGUAUCUGUUCUCGUACUGAUUGGAAUCAUGCCGUAAGUCCAGAACAUAAAGUAUUACUCACAUUAAGAUACUAUGCUACUGGAUCUAUGUUGGUGGUGUGUGGAGACUUCAUCGGAAUACACAAAUCUACUGCAAGUUGUACAGUGAAGCUUGUAUCUUGUGUUAUUACUACAUUGCGUCCACAAUUUAUUCACUUUCCUCGCAAUGAAAAUGAUAUUAAAAAGACAAAACAAGAUUUUUAUAAUAUCGCCAAAUUCCCUAUGGUUAUUGGUGCAAUGGAUUGUACACAUGUUAAGAUUCGAUCACCUGGAGGAGAUAAUGCAGAAGCCUAUAGAAACAGAAAACAUUUUUUCUCAAUUAAUGUUCAAACUAUUUGUUAUUCAAUUUUGAAUUCUCAAAUCACCUAA